UCGGGGCUUCCUUUUUUUCCCACUUAGGGCCCUAAAUCUGGGUCUGACAUGCUGUGCUUAAUUAACUGUCUCUCUCAUUGUGUUUUUACCACGUGGGGGGCGUUUAGAAAUGUCUUUUGGGUAAGUUAUGACACCAUCCAUGAUGGAAUAUCAUGUAGCCGAUAAAAGUGGUAUUUUCAGGGAACACUUGAUCUUUCGGGAGAAACUUUACUGUUAAAAGUGAAAAAAACCUGGAUGCCCUUUCCAUUUUCACGUUUAUCUUGAUAGAUGGGAUACAUGUAUUUGCACAGAAAGGAAACCCUUAAGAUCAAGCUUUGCUUUGUUCACCGCUGGGUGUGGAGCAUCUGCAUUAGUGCCCACCGGGUAUUUGUGAGUGGAUGCUUUCAUAAUUAGUGAAAUAACAAUAUAUUUUGAAGGGGAGGGGAUGUCUUUGAGCUAAAUAGUAACAUUUUGGCAAGUCGGAGGAGCAAUAAAUUAUUUAAAAUUUCUGUGGUCAUUCUGCCCCAGCAUCUCGAUGUGGGGUUUAUUUUAAUUUUUUUGGUAUAAAUAUGUAUUGCCUUUUGUACUUUGAUACAAACCGUCCUGAGUGAGUGAGUGACGGCUCUAGUUUUAGCAUAAUUGGGUCCUGCUGAAAUCAGAGUAAUCAGGGUCAACAGCUUUUCCUGGGUUGGUUACGAGGCACCUUAACAGACGGGUUGGUCAAGGCUGCUCGAUGGCUAAGGCGCUGCUCGUGUCCCACUGUCGCAGCUUGACUCUCCUGUUGAGCAAAGGCUUUGCCUGAUUUGCCCAGGAUUUCUCAUUUUCAAACGCUACCACCAAGACACACUAGGAGGCUGUACGUGGCCCUUUUCCUGAUUUAGAAAGUUCUUUAGAAACACAGCCUCUUAGGGGGCAUCGUGGGGUGGCCUUGACAAGGGCCCUGGUCUCAGGGAUUUCGCCUCGCAGCCCGAGCCUCUCCCUGGUGAGAUGGUUUCCUUUCUCCCUCAGAAGGACGCAGGCACUUAAGCUCCAGCGCCUGAUGCUCGCGGGAUUCUAGAAGCCCCCCUGGGAAGGCUUCCUCGGGGCUCUGCUGGGGGAGGGCUGUCCCGAGGGUGGCGACCCGCAGCCUCCUGGGCUUCGGUCCACACUAGGAAAUGAACUGACACUGUGCUCAGGAGCGCACCCAGAGACCCGUGUAAUGACACACAGACUAAAAUGAGCCUUGCUCCCCGGCAAGCCUCCUUCUUACACCUGCAGGGUACUCGGAAAACUUCCCCCCCUUCUGUUGCAUUGCAAAAGUCCUGGUGGCGACUCACCGCUUGCAGACACAGCUGGCCCUGGGCGUGCUGGCCUGCACGUCACCUUCCCUCCUCCGUGGUGUCCUGAAUCUCACACUCGCCAGACAACACAGGAGGCGUUCUCCGUGCACACCAGGUUGGACAAAGCCAGUCGGAGGGAGGAGGUUUCUUUUGGCAGUAAUUGAGGGUUUCUGGCUGAAGUGGACGUUAUGCUCUGUGGUGAUUCUCCAGGAGGCAAAUAGGGGCACCGGGCAGGACCCGUCUCAAGUCCCCGUGUGGUUUCUGCUGGCCCGAACCUGGGCAGCUCUGGCCUCAGCUGCCCUCCCGCGCCACCGUCCUGAAGGCGGCCAGGCUGUGUGCGAUUGUUUCUCAGCCGUGACCCAGACAUUUGUUCAUCGUAGCACUUGGGCUUUUUGUGGUCGUUCUUUAUUCAUUGUCAUUUGAGGAAGAGCCCAUCCGGAGGGCGUGCCUUCUCUUCAGCGUGGAGGGUUUGUGAGGAGAAGGAUUCGCUAAUAGAAAUACUAAUUUUUGGACUCUACAGUCUGAUGGAUUUAAAUUGAACAGGGCACUGAAAACAUUAUAUUACCAACAGCAAGCAUACCAUUAGAUAGUUCUUGAAGUGGUUGCGUGGAUUUUAUGUAAUUUUAAAUCUUAUUCGAGAAGUGUUUGAUUUUUUUUUUUCUUAGAAAAUAAAUAUUCCUUAAGUAACAAGUCUGUGUGUAAAACUUUAAAACCAUUAUAAAUCAGGGGAACUGAUUCUAUGGAACAGGAGCGCAGGGACCACAGAAUUAGAACAAGAUAAAUCACCUCGUUUAUUGAAACAGCAUGCAAGUAUCUGUCCUUGUCUCUUGUAACGUCUUUUAUUUACUAUGUUCCUUAAUAAAUUUAUUGUUAAGAAUUCAGUCUUAAUUUAUAGUCUUUUCAAAAUUCAUCUGUAAGUUACAGCUAUUGCCAUCGCUGUUGUUGGUUUGUGGGAAGAAUCCUCAUGAACUUGAUUUUAUGCUGUUACGUAUGUUAACACUGUGUGAAACAGAGGAUAAUCUAUAAUUAUAAUUGCAUAACAUGUCCCACAUAAAGCUAUAACCUCACAUUUUUAGCAGCUAGUUUUUUUUUUUUUUUUUUUUUUUAACUCUUGUUGGAAGACAUUUAUUUUUCCCUAGGGGGCAAUCUUUGGCAAUAUCAAGCAAGAUCACUCGUUAAUUCUUUGAGUCAUCUGUACUGAAUGGGGAGGAAUGUUGUGCUAGUCCCAGAGUUUGAUGCAAUCAGGAUUUUGGAAAACUAUCAGGUGUAAUUUGUGCUGGGAUUCAGGCCUAAUUACUGAGAGCCUCGUAGUCUGUGGGCCGGUGAGUCACGGCGCGGGCAUCGGCACCUUGACUUUCUCGGGCAGUGAGUGGAGAGAACACACUGCCUCCAGCGGAGCUCUCGCUGAAUCACCCUGGAGAGCCUCUGGAUGGGUGGGAGCUUGGGGCCUCUUAGGGGGCUGCUGGCUCUUGCCCCCACCCCCUCGCAGGGGCCUCUCCAGCAAGGUGUGUGGCUCUGCAUGGAUGGAAAUGCCAUCUUGCCCUGGAGAGGCCCCGGUGGGGGGAGGACAGGGGGAGAGAGCGCAGCCUCCACUCUGAUGCUUUGUUCAAAUGAGUGAUGACUGGAGAUUUCUGGAACUGCCCUGGCUGUGGUUGGCUUUAUUAUGCGUGUGCCCGAGGGCCGCCCCCCUGCUCCGUCUGGACCAUGCUCUCUAGAGGACCUGCGGAUACAGACUGCACACUCAGGGGAGCACACAUAGGGGUUGGGCCAGAUGUGACAGCAGGGGCCACAGUUAGGAUGGAGAAGAGGCAUCUGAGUAAGUAGGACGUUUGAUCUGCCUGAUGCAAUAGUGCCUGUCACAUCCUGAAGUCAGAGCUCGGUGUCUAAACCACCUGGACAGGUGUGUGCACACAGACCGGGGGGGCGGGGCUUGUGCACUUCCCACAGCUCUGUUUCCGGUUUGGGGCCGAGUGUCUUGCCAGCUCAGGACGCGCGGUAACUGGCGUCUGUCAAACUGCUGGCACCUGCACCAGGUCACGGAGACCUCAGCCACCGGGGAUUGCAUGCUCCUUGCAGCCAGGCCCAGCUGUGGUCCCCUUGGUGGCCCCCGGGCCCAGAGCAGUGCCCAGUGGGGUAGAUGCUCAAAAGAUGUCUUUUCCGGAACCUGAGUGCUUGCUGUGCCCAGGCCGUUUACCUCAUGCCCUCGGGGUGGGAGGGGCCUGGGGCCGUUCACCUCCCACCAGCCUGGUUAUCUGUUUGCCACCAACUGCAGAUAGGAAGUGGUCGGUCAGGCCUGGAGGUGGAGCUCCCAGCGGGGAGAAGCGAUAGCCAAGGCCCGGCAGCAAGAAGGGACAGGACAGCCCAGAAGGAGACCAGCCACCGCCGCCUCAGGUCGUCCAUGUGCACCUGUGUUGGGCCACCUGCAGCCCUGCCUCAGUUUCCCCAUCUGCAAAACUGCAGGCGGUGACACUCCCCACUUUAUGCUCUGGAGACGCCCAAGAGUCCUCUGAAAUUCCGUCAUCUAAAUGUUCCUUCUCACCAGGGAAGUGAAGAGGGCAAAGUCAUGGGAAUGCCAUGUCAUUACGUUCACGUGUGCUGGGUUUUGUUGUGACUGUGUCAUCUGGUUCAUUAAUUCAUCUGCUCGGUGGAAGGCUCCCUGUUAAAUCGUACAUAGAAACAGCGACUGCGUUUUUCUUUAGAAUUCGGAGCUUGUGAUCACUUCUGUAAAAGACUGUGAGCCAAGACCAGACCUUCCUGGAGGGCCGUGGAGGGCGGUGGUGAUCACGAGGCCUUGGGUAGCUUCUGCAUUUUGCAUCCUGCCUGUACUGCUUUAUGAAAUCCCACCACGGCGUUGUGUCUUGGGGAAAAUCAGAUUGAAUUCACGGCGCCUCAUGCAGGACUGUAGAGGGUAUUUUACAGUCACCGUUCUUACAUGUUCCUGUCUCGAGAAACUUGGCCCUUGUCUGUCUCGGCAGGUGUUGGGAUGAGCAGCGAGUUACACAGGUUGCUAGACGCAGCGCGUUCGUUGUCUGGAGAGAUCACAGGACCCUCCUCCAAGGCUGCGCAGCAGAGCAGGUCUGAACCGCAAUGGGGUGCAAGAUGCUGGCCGGCAUCGGGCAGCAGAUGCUGCGGCGGAAGGUGGUGGACUGCAGCCACGAGCAGAGCCGUCUGUCCCGCUGCCUCAACACGUUCGACCUGGUGGCGCUGGGGGUGGGCAGCACGCUGGGGGCCGGCGUCUACGUCCUGGCCGGAGCGGUGGCGCGGGAGGACGCGGGCCCCGCCAUCGUCCUCUCCUUCCUCAUCGCCGCGCUGGCCUCGGUGCUGGCCGGCCUCUGCUACGGCGAGUUCGGCGCGCGGGUCCCCAAGACGGGCUCGGCCUACCUCUACAGCUACGUCACCGUGGGCGAGCUCUGGGCCUUCAUCACCGGCUGGAACCUCAUCCUCUCCUACAUCAUCGGUACAUCCAGCGUCGCCAGAGCCUGGAGUGCGACGUUUGACGAGCUGCUCGGCAAGCCCAUCGGGGAGUUCUCCCGGGCCCACAUGGCCCUGCAUGCGCCCGGGGUGCUGGCCGAAAACCCAGACAUCUUUGCCGUGAUCAUAAUUCUCAUCCUAACGGGACUUUUAACUCUGGGCGUGAAAGAGUCAGCCAUGGUCAACAAAAUAUUCACGUGUAUCAACGUUCUGGUCCUGGGCUUCAUAAUGGUGUCAGGAUUUGUGAAAGGAUCCAUCAAAAACUGGCAGCUCACGGAGGAGGACUUCCGGAACACCUCCGGUCAUCUCUGCCUGAACAAUGCCACGAAGGUGGGGAAGCCAGGCGUCGGUGGGUUCAUGCCCUUCGGGUUCUCUGGCGUGCUGUCAGGGGCAGCCACCUGCUUCUAUGCCUUCGUGGGCUUUGACUGCAUCGCUACCACAGGGGAGGAGGUCAAGAACCCCCAGAAGGCCAUCCCCGUGGGCAUCGUCGCCUCACUCCUGAUCUGCUUCAUCGCCUACUUCGGGGUGUCGGCCGCCCUCACGCUCAUGAUGCCCUACUUCUGCCUGGACAAGGACAGCCCCCUGCCCGACGCCUUCAAGCACGUGGGCUGGGAUGGUGCCAAGUACGCCGUGGCUGUGGGCUCCCUCUGCGCCCUCUCCACCAGCCUUUUAGGCUCCAUGUUCCCCAUGCCGCGAGUUAUCUAUGCCAUGGCUGAAGACGGGCUGCUGUUUAAGUUUUUGGCCAAGAUCAACGACCGGACCAAAACACCAAUAAUCGCCACGUUAGCCUCGGGCGCCAUUGCCGCUGUCAUGGCCUUCCUCUUUGACCUGAAGGACUUGGUGGACCUCAUGUCCAUUGGCACGCUCCUGGCGUACUCGUUGGUGGCCGCCUGUGUGUUGGUCUUACGGUACCAGCCGGAGCAGCCGAACAUGGUGUACCAGAUGGCCCGAACCAGCGACGAGCUGGACCCCGUGGACCAGAACGAGCUGGUGAGCACCAGCGAUUCCCAGACGGGCUUUUUACCAGAAGCGGAAAGGUUUUCUCUGAAAACUGUGCUGUCGCCCAAAAACACGGAGCCUUCCAAAUUCUCUGGGCUGAUUGUGAACAUCUCAACCAGCCUCAUAGCGCUGCUGAUCCUCACCUUCUGCAUGGCGGCCGUGCUCGGCAAGGCGGCCCUGGUACAGGGCCAGCUCUGGGCCGUCUUCGUGCUCAUGGGCUCCGCCUUCCUCUGCUUGGUGGUCACGGCCAUCAUCUGGCGGCAGCCUGAGAGCAAGACCAAACUCUCCUUCAAGGUGCCCUUCCUGCCCAUACUUCCCGUCCUGAGCAUCUUUGUGAACGUCUAUCUCAUGAUGCAGCUGGACCAGGGCACGUGGGUCCGGUUUGCAGUGUGGAUGCUGAUAGGCUUCUUCAUCUACUUCGGCUACGGCCUCUGGCACAGCGAGGAGGCCUCCCUGGCCGCCGACCAAGCAAGGACUCCUGACGGUAACCUGGACCAUUGCAAGUGACACCCAGCGCUGGCCCCGGAGGCGGCGGCGGCAGCCCCGAGGGACGCCCCGGAGGCCCCGGCAGCACCUCGCUCUCCCCACCCAGGACCCCCCCCCACCCCCCGCGCCCACAGAUCCCUGCUGUCAUGGUCGGGGCAGGCGCAGCCUCGGCCCCCAGCUCCCGCGUCCUGCUCGGCCCAGCUCACCGGUCGCCGGGCAGCUCCGCGGCUGGGACUGCGUGGCCUCGGCCGGCCACCAGCUCUGCAGUCGCCCCUCUGAGCAGAGAGACAGUCCCUCGCUGGUCCGCUGGCCAGCUCUGUGCCCCUGCUGCCCAGGCCUUGGCCAGAGCGGGGCUCACCUUCCCUCGUCACGCCAGGGGUGCACCCGCAGGGACUGUGGGGGCACCGAGAGCUGCGCACUCCAGACACACAGCCGCCUCCCCGCCUGGCCCCCCGCGGCCACCCCGGAUGCCCUCGGAGCCCCGCGGAACAGGAGGCCCCCCCACCCCCGAGCCUCGCCGCCCAAGGACAGCCGCUCCCUUAGCCACCCCCCGCCCCAGCCGCCUCCACAGGGGUCCUGAGGACCGACCCCCCCCCCAGGCGGGGCCGCUGCUCUGACCCCAUGUGGGGACCACGUCUGGGGACGAGCGGUGGCUCCAGGGCGCGUGUGUGGGGCCCCCACCAGUGGCGGCGGCUCCAGUCCGUCACCGCCGCUGAGUCCGAGGAACUGGAACGUGACCCCUUCUCUGUAGGACCCGCCGCAGGCCUGCGGCGCUUGGAACAGCGCCUCGUGGUCCUGGCACCUCGCCUCGCCCGCCCGGUGGUCUCGGCCUCGCCCGGUUCUCCAGGCUGGUGUCCACGGUUCUGAGCGAGGCGCCAGCUCCCCGCUGCUCCGGGCCCCUCUGAGGCCUUGUGCAGACUGAGUCCUCGCCAGUGGCUGUGAGUCGGCCCGCUCGGUCCAGCUGGCGCUCGCUGUGCACCCGGAGAACGACCGAGCGUCACCCCGAGUUUGCUCAGGGUGUGGGAUCUGCACGUGAGACACUUUGGGGCUCUGUGGCUGUGCCGCGCGCGCGCGUGUGUGUGUGUGUGUGUGGUCCAGAUGCUGCGGGUUUGUAAUCGGGCUGGGGACCCUGCCCUAGACCUGGGCCUCUGGGGGUCCCUGGUGUUCCCGUGCCUGGGGCCCUCCGUGUAGCCAGGGCGAGCCUCCUUCCCCGGAGAGUGCAAGUCAGGGGACGGGAGGGCCGUGGUGGCAGGAGGUGAGGGCAGGAAAUUUGGACACAGACCAUGUAAAUGCUGCUUUUGAAGCUUAGACCCCCGUAUCUACUCCUCUGGCCUUUGACACAAAUCUGGUGGAAAGAAGUUUGAUAAACUGCUGGCACUUGGCCUUUCUCCCUCUGCACUAGAAGGUUCUUGGAGAAAAAUGGCAAGAAUGAGUGACGCGGCCAAAUGAAUGAGUAGACGGGGCGGGGGAGGGUCCAGCCUCGGCUUCGGGUUCUGGCCACGCUGGUCCCUCACGGAGGCUUUCUUCUAAGUACCGCCUGGGAGUCUGCAGAGGGAGAGUAUGAGCCCAAAGCUCGGAUUUCCAAAGAAGGGUGUUUAAAUUUUGUAGAUUGGUGCUGUACAAUAUUUUGGUAAAUAUUAACUUAUUUUGUUGGGGGUUUGAUUGCCUCUUGGCCAUUUGUUCUCUUGCUUUGCCUGCAGUUUUUCCGCAGAGGCAGAGCGUGUGAGGGAGGCGGGGGGCCAGCCGAGGGAGGGGAAUGGGGUUUUUGGGGCGCCUCCCGGGUUGGUGGACUUCCUCGUCACACCUGUCCCGCCUGCCCCUGAGCAGGCGCAGACACACAGGCCCAUACCAACCACUGGAAGUGCCCGACCGUCUCCCAUCUCGGCCCCUCCCAGACUCCCCCCAAACUGGAAAUAUGUGUCAGAAAUUCCCUUUUUCUGGAGACACGGCCUCUGGGGCUGCUGUGUCUGCUUCCCUCUGUGCAGCAGCCCCGUUACCCUGGUCGGUUGCAAAGACCAUUUCUGCUGAGCACGUGCCCCCCUGCACGCUCAUGGCCUUGGGAAGACCCUCAGAGAAGCAAGCGCGGGCCGUAAGGACCUGAGCCCACGGACGCCAGGGAAGCCCCUGGGCCCUAGGCAGGGGGACGUGAGCCCCCCGAGGGGAUGGGGACCAGAACCUUCUCGCUCAGCCUCUGCACCAGUCCCACCCCACCUGCUCGCCCUGCUGCCCCGACUUUGGGCCAGAUUCGUUCUUACAGACCCAGAGGCCGCACCUUCUUUGCAGGUCGUUUGGGAGGAGCUUCCAAGUUGAUACUGUUGUCAGCACCGCUCUGGCUUCCCCACUUGGGGUUUUGUUCCUUUGAGUCUUGACUCCAACAGGUGAUCAGCCGCCUGCUCCCGGGUGGUUUGGACACCACGCUCCGCCACCCUUUAGCCACAGGUGGUGGUGCUGAGGGGGCUACACCCCUCACCCAGAGCCCCCAGGCCGCUCCCUUCUCCCCUUCAGCACACCGUCUACACCUGGGAGGCGCGCCUGGCCCAGCAGGAGCCUUUCGCUGUGUGGUUUGCUGCUGCUUGUGGGUAGAGGUGGCGAUGGGGGCAACACAGGCUACACCGAGCCCCCCCGCCCCCCUGCCCGGCCCCACCUGCAGGCAGGCAGACAUUGCGAGCUGACAGUCUUGCUGCCCGCCUAGGAGGGCCUCUAGCUUCACACAGGAGGCAGAGCUGUCAAUAGGGCGGGAGGCUGGGGCCGGGUGUGUGGACCCUACCCAGACUGCUGGUGAGCCCACAGGCAUUCGGGGGCCCCCCUGCUAGAGUAAACCUGCCUGGCUCCACACCAGGACCCAUCUUUCUGAAUGCCCCACUUGCCACACUAAGAGCCGAUUGUCCUCUUGGCACCCAAGAACCAUCCCCCUCCCCCAGGACAGGAGUGAGGGGUCUUCAGGCCGAGUCCCCCACCCGAAUGUUCUAGGCUGGAUGGAGACGCAUGAGUGUGGCACCUCCUCGCCUUUCAGGUGCAGGCGUGUGACGCUUGUGUGCAGAGCUGUUGCAGAGUUCACUUCAGAUGGAACAAAAUAUAUGUUGUGUAUAAUUGUGAGUAUAAUUUAAAACCUACCUGUUUGCCUUGGCAGUGAGAGCGCGUGUAAGGCUCUUAGAGCAAGAUGUACAUUUUGUCUGACUCGACUCUCGUGGACCUUUUGGGUAAUGAAAUGCUUUAUUGAUCCAGUGGAGCGAGAAGCCAUGUACACUCCGUGUGUCGUCAUCGCAGUUUUGACGCCUCCUGGGUGGUUAAGGCAGAAAGUCAACUGACCUUUCUGCUGAUCACAAUGACCCAGUCUUUCUGUGCCCUUUGCUCCCCUGAGUGGUGGUGCUCUUCCAAGGGGGGGCGUGGACUGGCCCGGGGUCUCGAGGAGCAGUUCUCAGGAGCCCCUGGACUGCCCCGAGAGCGUGUUGUGCUGCCAGCUGAACCCCGCCCCCCCGGGCAGUGAAAGACCUUGCCCACCUGGGGUUUCUCAGGGCUGGGGAGCAGGGCUGGGAAGAUGCAUCAGACUUUGUUAAAUUAUUAACAAGGUUAUAUGAUUUUGUGUUUCUUGAUGACAAACUUUGUUAAGUUUGGGACUUAUUUUCCCAUUUGAGAAGUUAUAAUAUGUAUUUAAAAUAAGUUUCCUGCUUAAGUUGUGCCUUUCAGCAUGGAUGGGUUUAAGGAGCACAAAGGGUGAUGAUGGUGGUGAGAGUGGGUUUAUUAUCAAACCGAAAUAGCUGUGGUUUCUCCAGAGCACUUUUCCUCUACUGAACAUGGAGCCAUUGUUAAAAGAAUUGUGCGUUUUUAUUAUGUAAAUUGUAUAAUAUUUUUUGCUUGUUUGAUGUUCUAUUUUUCUAAUAGUUUUCUUAUGGUUUCUUAUAUUUGCGCGACUAGAUUUAGAUUCUGUGCUAACUGCAAAUCAGAUUGACCCCUGCUGGUCCCCCCUGUUUUAUCUUAAGGACAAGAGUAGAUGUCCAUUGCCUUUAAGAAAUGUGAACCUCUGCUCUGUAGCCCGGUUUUGCUGGCAACACUGUACAUGGAUACCGUACUUCAUGUUGUAAAUCCAACUAUUUUGUGGUACAUCCCCUAUGCUUCCGCAGAUCUUAAUAAAUUCCGUCUCUGGCCUCCGCG